UAUCAAAAUAAAAUAAAGUUCGCUUGUUUUUGACAAAAUUUUGGUUAUACUAUACUAGUCUAUAAUGCUAAGUCUGAGAAAGGUGUGGCUUCGGCCCCAUUUGCCAACUGGUGCCUGGCAUCGCAGUUGCAGCGGCGGAAAACUAAAACCUGGCGUAAUGGCACAACUGAUAACAGGUUACAAAAAUCUGAUUGUCUCGGACUCCAAAUCGCUGCUGAAAAAGCAUUUAACGCAAGAGAUUUUUGACAAGCUCAAAUCAAAGGUAACGCCCACAUUUCAUUCGUCGCUUCUUGAUUGCAUUCAGUCGGGCUUGUGCAAUGUGGACUCUGGGGUUGGCAUCUACGCUCCCGAUCCUGAGGCGUACACAGUUUUUGCAGAUCUAUUUGAUCCCAUCAUUGAGGACUAUCAUCGUGGAUUUAAGAAGACCGACAAGCAUCCAGAGCCUUGUUUUGGAUCUGGCAAGGACUUUGAAAACCUCGAUCCUCGCAACGAAUUUAUUGUGUCCACUCGCGUUCGUUGCGGACGCUCAGUGCAGUGCUUUCCCUUUAACCCCUGCAUGACUGAGUUUGAAUAUUGCGAGCUAGAGGGCAUGAUAUCGAACGCCUUGGGCUGUCUGAGAGGCCAAUAUUCGGGCUCCUAUAUGCCGCUCGCUGGAAUGCAAAAGGAAACCCAGGAAGAACUGAUUAAUCAGCACUUUUUGUUUAAGGAGGGCGAUCGCUUCCUGCAAGCGGCCAAUGCGUCACGAUUUUGGCCCGCUGGCCGAGGCAUUUAUUUUAAUUGCGACAAGAACUUUCUGGUGUGGGUCAAUGAGGAGGACCACAUUCGCGUCAUUUCCAUGGAGAAAGGCGGUGAUUUGGGCAAGGUGUAUGAUCGCAUGAUUGGUGGUGUCGAAACAUUGGGAAAAUUUCUACAGUUCAGCCAUGAUAAGCGUCUGGGCUUCUUGACAUUCUGUCCCACCAAUCUGGGUACCACUAUACGCGCCUCCGUGCACAUAAAGCUGCCUAGCCUGGCCGCCGACAAGGCCAAGUUGGAAGCCAUCGCCAGCGAGCAUAAGUUGCAAGUGCGAGGCACUCGCGGCGAGCACACUGAGGCCGAAGGCGGCAUCUACGACAUAUCCAAUAAGCGACGCAUGGGACUGACUGAGUACGAGGCUGUGCGAGAGAUGUACGAAGGCAUUAAAGCACUGAUCGAAGCUGAACGUAAGCUGGGCAGUGCCAGAAAAUGAGAAUUAUUGUAGCCAAGAAAUACUUUUAAAAUAACAUGCAUUGUUUAAAAGAA